UAUACUGAAACAGAUCUAGAUCUGGAAGAUUUGAAAAAGGAGGAAGAGUUAACAACAGCCAAGACGACAGGCAGCAUCAGCGAGUCACACAUCAGAUUCCUACAGGCGAAGGUGAAAUCGAUGCGCGAUUCUUUGAAUUCGCUGCGGGACGAAUACGGCAAGCGUACCGAACAGUGCAAAUCCGUGCAGGACGAUCUGAAAAAGGCGCUCGAGGAGUCAAGUCAAACUCAGCUGAGUUUGAAUGCGGCCAGAGAGACUCUGAAGAAGAAAGAAAAGUUGACUGUGACGCUCACUGAUAAGUUGAAGAUAAGCGAUGCUGAGAACGCGACGCUCAAAAAAGAGUUGACCGCUCUCAAACGAGAAUUGAAACAAAAAACGGCGGAAGCUUCGAAUGUAGAGAGCAAACUCAACCGAGUUUUGGGCGAAAGUGAGCGGAUAAAGGAAUCAGCAAAAAACGCUGAGAAAGAGAAUCGCGAGAAGCUCAGUGCUGACAUUGCAAGAAGGGAGGAAACCGAAAAGGCACUGAAUGAAGUUGGAAAACAGAAAUGCGAGUUGCUUGACGCUCUCAAAAAGCAAAGUGCUUUGAUAGCGAACCUGAAAAAGCAGAAGGCUUUGUUGGAAUGUUCUCUAUUGGCUGAUAUUGCUGCUGACCAGUUCCUAAAAUUAUUGGACUCUGCUGGUAAUGCAGAGUAGUAAGUAAACCACAAUUAUCGAGAAAGUUUCGAAUCGAAUGUGUCAAAUAAUAAAUGUUGGUAUUCCAAGAUGUUUUGUAAACGAAUGUAUGAGUAAGAUUGUAGGGAUAGCCUACUGAUUUUAUUAAAAGAUGUCAAUUAGGGUUGUUGAUAUAAACCUGAAUUAUGAAUAGAUUUGCAAGUCUGCAAUAACUUUCCUUCCCAGUCAAGAAUAAUAUUUCAUUUUUUUACAAUCAAUUAAGAUGUAGUUUAAAAGUUGUCAAUAAUAUGAAUACAUGUUUGCGGAAUGUUUCUUUUUCAGACCUGUGAAAAAUGUCAUAAAUUGAUAAAAUGAAGAAUAAAAACUGUAAGAGAAUUGCAUGUAGGCUACUUUCAACCAAGAUAAUUUGUAAGACUGAAUUUAUCAAAAUUGAUCAUUUUGUGUAUCCUUUGCAUGAAGAUUCAUCCAAAUUAUUGUAAGGUGAAUCUUCACCUUUCAUCUUUACUUCAAGUAAACUAUAUAGUAAUGUUCUUCAUUCGAGGGUAUUGCUGAUGUUGGAUAAAAGGAAUUGAUGGAUAAAUAUUGUGAUUUGGAUUUGGAAUGAUUGAUUAUGUUUGCUAGAAUUGUAAGAAAAACGCUUCUGUAGAGAUAGAAGUCUGUAAAAAAUAAAGCUUUGAUGAGAU